CCCUGGAGCCCGACGCGGCCGCAGCAGUAGCGAAGGGGACUGGCGGCUUCUAGGGGCUGCGUCUACUGCAACCUCUUUACUGCCGCUACGUGCCUCCAGGUUCCCACGUCCUACGCGGACCGCCUGUGACUCUCCGUCCGCUCCUUACCUGGCACCUACCUGCUCCAAGCUGGGUCCUUGCCGAGCCCCAAGAGGGCGCGUGCCACAGGCCCUUAGGGUAACGUGGGGCGCUCGCAUUAUGGGCCCUGGGGCCGGGGUCGCUUGCCGCGGCGGCUGCGGCUCUUCCCGCUUGCUGGCCUGGUGUUUCUUACUGGCUCUGAGUCCCCAUGCCCCCGCUUCCCGGGGGGCCGAAGCAGUAUGGACCGCGUACCUCAACGUGUCCUGGAGGGUUCCGCACACCGGAGUGAACCGCACCGUGUGGGAGCUGAGCGAGGAGGGCGUGUAUGGCCAGGACUCGCCGCUGGAGCCCGUAGCUGGGGUCCUGGUACCACCCGACGGGCCCGGGGCGCUCAACGCGUGUAACCCGCACACCAAUUUCACAGUGCCCACCGUGUGGGGAAACGCCGUCCAAGUCUCUUGGUUGGCCCUUAUCCAGCGUGGCGGGGGCUGCACCUUCGCAGACAAGAUCCAUCUGGCUUAUGAGAGAGGGGCUUCUGGAGCCGUCAUCUUUAACUUCCCAGGGACCCGCAAUGAGGUCAUCCCCAUGUCUCACCCGGGUGCAGGAGACAUUGUUGCAAUCAUGAUUGGCAAUCUGAAAGGAACAAAAAUUCUACAUUCUAUUCAAAGAGGCAUCCAAGUAACAAUGGUCAUUGAAGUAGGGAAAAAACAUGGCCCUUGGGUGAAUCACUAUUCAAUUUUCUUCGUUUCCGUGUCCUUUUUCAUUAUUACUGCAGCAACUGUGGGCUAUUUUAUCUUUUAUUCUGCUCGAAGACUACGGAAUGCAAGAGCUCAAAGCAGGAAGCAGAGACAGUUAAAGGCAGAUGCUAAAAAAGCUAUUGGACGGCUUCAGCUACGUACAUUGAAACAGGGAGACAAGGAAAUUGGCCCAGAUGGAGAUAGUUGUGCAGUGUGCAUUGAACUAUAUAAACCAAAUGAUUUGGUGCGCAUCUUAACCUGCAACCAUAUUUUCCAUAAGACCUGUGUUGACCCAUGGCUGUUAGAACACAGGACUUGCCCCAUGUGCAAAUGUGACAUUCUCAAAGCUUUGGGAAUUGAGGUGGAUGUUGAAGAUGGAUCCGUGUCUUUACAAGUCCCUGUAUCCAAUGAUGCAUCCAAUAGUGCAUCACCCCAUGAAGAAGAUAACCGCAGUGAGACUGCAUCCUCUGGAUAUGCUUCAGUUCAGGGAGCAGAUGAACCACCCCUGGAGGAACAUGUGCAGUCAGCAAAUGAAAAUCUACAGCUGGUAAACCAUGAAGCAAGUUCCGUGGCUGUGGAUGUUGUUCCUCAUAUUGACAACCCAACUUUUGAAGAAGAUGAAACUCCUGAUCAAGAGACUGCUGUUCGAGAAAUUAAAUCGUAAAAUCUGUAUCCAUAGAAAACCUGAACCUUUACUAAUAACAGGACUGCCAAUCAGGGCCUAGUUUACUAUGAAUGAACUGGGUAAACAUAAUAAACUAAGAAUGAUAUUGAAAGUGCUGAGAUGACUAAUAUUAUACUAUAGUUAAAUGAUUUAAAAUAUUUAACCUGUUAACUUUUUCCACAAACUCAUGAUAAUGUUUUCAUAGGCAAGUUUCCUCUGAAUAGUGAUCACAUUUUUAAACACUCAAACUGUCUUCAAGUAAUCAUAUUUUUCAUUUAUAUCAACUUUCUUAUAAAAACAUGUUGCUUUUAAAAUGUGGAGUAGCUGUAAUUAAUUUAUUUUAUGAUAGUAUCUUAAUGAAAAAAUUACUACUACUUUUAGCUUGGGCUCUAUGUGUCAGGGGUUUUUCUCCAGGUGCUUAUAUUGAUCUGGAAAUGUAGUGUAAAAAGCAAUGCAAACUUAGGCUAGCACUUCAUGAAAUGUCUAUUUAAACUACAUUAAGUUGAUAGAACAAGAUAAAGCAAAAUAUUGAUUUUUCACUUUCUCUUUUUUUCAUGUUAGGAUAACUAGCUAAAUGUACUUCAUCUGCGUAUUGAGCAUAGUUUAUCAGACACUAUGCACUGAAAUGAUCGACUGGUAUAUUAGUGACACCAACUUAACACAAGAUUAUAGAUGAAAAGGUUUCAUAUGAAAAUAUUGUACAACUCUUUCUCAAAUGGGGAUCUUCAAAAGCACAGUAUAUAAACUACCGUACUGCUGGAAAAUGGUAAUGAAAGAGAAAAAUCACACUAAAAUUGGUCAUCGAUCUUUGUGCAUGAAUUAAUGUACAGAAAUCAUUCUGUAAACUUUGUCUAUAGAAAAUGUUUUCCAAAUAAAGUUGACUCUGAAAAUUGAGUUUACAUUUAGCCAAAAUAGGCUAAAAUUCUGUCCAUAUAACUAUAAUUUUGUGAAUGCAUUUCCUUGGUGUUUGAAAAAAAAGAAUUUGGGGGUGGGAUUAUUCCAGGUGCCUUAAUAUAAAGUUUGAAGCUUCAUCCACCAAAGUUGAAUAGAGCUAUUUAAAAAAAUGCACUUUAUUUAUAUUCCGUGUGGCUUCUCUUUGUUUUAGUUUGUUUCCAGUGCAAAUUCCAGCAGAAUUUAGACAAAAAUAGAACAGAAAUGUAUUUUUGUUUGCUGAAUAUAGAAUGGAUGAAAGCAUUGCAUUCUUGUACAAUGAUUUGAAAUGCUGUAAAUAUGUCUCGAUUUAUAUUGAUUCUCUUUAACUAUAAAAUGUAAAUAAAAUAUUCCAAUAAAA